AUGGUGUCAAGCAGGCCGACUCUGAACAAGUUGUUAGUCACCAGUCCGAUCGCAAAGUCCCUCCAUUCGGAGGAUAGUGACAAGCGCGUGCGCGGGCGGCCGCUCAACGCGCCGGCCGGGGCCGGCGUUGGCAGCAGUGGGAGCGAUAAGUUGGCGCGGGUUCGAGGGGAUUUCGCUAGCAAAUGCCUCGUCCGAGCGACCAAGGCGUCCGUGUCCGACUCCAAGCUCUUCCAGUGCGUAACAUGCGAACAAGAGACGGGACUAAAGAGCGGGAUAACGGAAACGGAUGUCGAGCUGCUGUGCACGGGGAGGUUUCACGAGAAAGCCCUGCACGAGAUCUUGCGCGACUACGUGCUGAAGCAGGAGGGAGCGGUGGUGUGUGGCAGCUGCGGCGAAGCGAACGUCGUGUCUGACGUCACCCACUGGGACAACCUGCGGUGCCUCGGAUGCGCCGGGUAUAUGAUGGGCAAGAGGAUUGCCGAGGAGGCGGCCGACAAGGCGUUCAAUAAAUUGGAACGCAAGCAAAGGCACGCCACGUGUCCGGGGUGUGAGGCGGUGGUCCAGAAGACUCUCAGAAAUAGCGUGUAG